AUCACGCGAGGCAUGCCGUACACCUCGCCCCUCUGUCCUCUCCGGCGGAGCUGCCUAGCGGAAACGGGAACUACGCAGCCAGACGUAAAGGCGCACGGCAUCCUGGGACAUGUAGUCUGGCCGGUGCCCGGACGCCCCCUCGAAUGGAUGGGACCGAGGCUGACUGCGAACUACAGCUCCUUGUCGGCAACGUUGGUGUUGGCCGCGGGGGAAGGGGAGACCUCGGCGGCCCCCACUGAGAGCGGCUCUUCAGGACGGUGCGAUGUGCUGCGCUGCGGCGAGGCAAGAGGCCGGCUUCCUGGGGUAGCGUUAUAGGCGGGCGCUUCCUCUGCGCGCUCCCUCCCCAAGCCCUGCACCGGCCAUGCGCCCGGCCUUGGCGGUGGGCCUGGUGUUCGCAGGCUGCUGCAGUAACGUCAUCUUCCUAGAGCUCCUGGCCCGGAAGCAUCCAGGAUGUGGGAACAUUGUGACAUUUGCACAGUUUUUAUUUAUUGCUGUGGAAGGUUUCCUCUUUGAAGCUGAUUUGGGAAGGAAGCCACCUGCUAUCCCUAUAAGGUACUAUGCCAUAAUGGUAACCAUGUUCUUCACCGUGAGCGUGGUGAACAACUAUGCCCUGAAUCUCAACAUUGCCAUGCCCCUGCAUAUGAUAUUUAGAUCCGGUUCUCUAAUUGCCAACAUGAUUCUAGGAAUUAUCAUUUUGAAGAAAAGAUACAGUAUAUUCAAAUAUACCUCCAUCACCCUGGUGUCUGUGGGGAUAUUUAUUUGCACUUUCAUGUCAGCAAAGCAGGUGACUUCCCAGUCCAGCUUGAGUGAGAAUGAUGGAUUCCAGGCAUUUGUAUGGUGGUUACUAGGUAUCGGGGCACUGACUUUUGCUCUCCUGAUGUCAGCAAGGAUGGGUAUAUUCCAAGAGACUCUCUACAAACGAUUUGGGAAACACUCCAAGGAGGCUUUGUUUUAUAACCACGCCCUUCCACUUCCUGGUUUCGUCUUCUUGGCCUCUGAUAUUUAUGACCAUGCAGUUCUAUUCAAUAAGUCUGAGUUAUAUGAAGUUCCAGUCAUCGGAGUGACCCUGCCCAUCAUGUGGUUCUACCUCCUCAUGAACGUCAUCACUCAGUAUGUGUGCAUCCGGGGUGUGUUCAUCCUCACAACGGAGUGUGCCUCCCUCACUGUCACGCUCGUCGUGACCCUACGCAAAUUUGUGAGCCUCAUCUUUUCCAUCUUGUACUUCCGGAACCCCUUCACCCUGUGGCACUGGCUGGGCACCUCGUUUGUUUUCAUUGGGACCUUAAUGUACACAGAGGUGUGGAACAACCUAGGGACCACAAAAAGUGAGCCUCAGAAGGACAACAAGCAGAACUGAGGCCUGCCUGCAGUAUUAGAACAGUGUCGUCGUGAGGGAGGGACCCGGUGAAGAUCUGACCACCGAUUCGCUUUUGUUAAUGCCGAGCUACCCGGCCGUGCGACAGGAAGUCUUCGGGAGGAGGGGACUUCUCACCUUGCUCGUGGCGAUACAGACCAACACGUGUAGAGUCAGUAGAAACCCCUCAGCCCUAAAGUAGAGAAAGGAGCAGUUCUGGACUAUUAAACAGCCCACACAUUUAUUUCUGUUUUGUUUACCAAAAUAUUCAGUAUUAUUCUUGUUUAUUGAAUUCUGCGUCCCCAGAACUACUGGCUUAUUGUCCAUGGUCUUGGAAAAGAUUGUCCCUUCUAUUGCUGUUCUCAUGCAUCUCUGCCCCAGCAGCCAUUGUCCUGUGGCCUCAUCCCUUUUGUCUCCCGUCACCUUUCGCUUCCUCAGCAGCACCUCGCAGUCAGUCAGACGCUGCAGGUAUCAGGAGUGGCCAAGUAAACUGAGGCACUGGUAACAGCAGGGCUGGACUUCCUCCAGCAAGUUGGGAAGGAAACAGAUGUUCCCAUGAGCCAAGUCCCAGUAACACUGGAGCAAGACUGGUGGGACUCCUCUUUCCCACAUUUUGCUUUUUUUUUUUUCCUAUGCAAAAGUCAGAUGUUUCUUCUAUACGUUGCUUUCUGCGAUUAAGGCAGCUGUGUAGCACAUCUCACAGCAGGCACAGUGAUAAAAGAAAGGAAGGUUGUUACGGACUGGCAGCCCAGGAAGCCCUUUACCUAGCCCAUCACGGUGGUGACAGCGGGAUGGCCCAGCAGCAGUUGACCCUAUUCAGCACCAUGAGAGCCAUGGCUGCCCCUGCUGGCCCAGCCAGGCACUCACAGGGCAGAAGGGCGGGUCCCUAGUGGGAGGAUAAGGUUUCACCACCAGGAGAUUCCCUUCUGCCUGACGACUCUGAUAGAAUCACCACCAGUCAGGGGAUGCACAGACAAAGAUAUAGAGUUGGGUGUGGUGUAUAAAUCAGGUCAAACCUCAACUACAAUUGAAAGUUACCUAUUUGUCCUAUAAGGUAUCUUACUGUUCCCCAUGGGUAUUGAGGAUGGUUGGAUGUGCUUGAUUGUAUGUGGAAACGUGCCUCUCUUUGCAAAUCAUUUCAAAGGUCCAGUUUUCCUCUCAUGGGACAGUCUUGAGUGGGAGGAAAGCUAUUGCUGUAAUAUGCAUAGCUUGUGUGUGCUCUUGUAUAGUCUGUGAUUGACAGGCACAGAAGUGGCUGCACUUUCUAUCCCCUUUCUUCACUCAGCUGGGACCUUACAUAGCAGUACCUGCUCCUCCGGAAGCAGCUGAACUCACUGGCCACUUCUCUUUUUGCCUAUAGACAAAGACUUUUUUGUGUGUGGUGUGCACAUUGUGUUCUUAAACUGAGACGUGGCUCUCCAGGUCUUCUGGGCUCAUUCCGUGGUGUGUUAUGUUUAUUCCACUGUCCAGAGCUAUUCUUUGAUGGAUUUGAGCAAUGGCAGUGAAGAUAAAUGUCCAAGAGUCACCAGGUCGCUUGGAAAAGAAGUCACUUAAGCUGCCUGGGGUUUUUGUUACUUAAAAUAUGAAUAUUAUUUCUCCACCUAAAUCACUGAGUUUAUAGAGUCAUUUGUUGUUCUGGACAUUGGCAGCUUUCUAGAGCCAGUCAUGGGCUCUUCUGAAAGAUGCUGAAUUAGAUGUGAACCCAUUCAUAGGAUCAAAAGCCACUUGCUUUGAAAUAUGUGGAGUCCCUCAGAAUUGAUGGUGCUAGAAAUAUCCAAGUGUUAAAUAACCUUUUAAAAGUAACAAAAGCUACUUUUCUUAUCACUUAAUAGAAGAACCUGUCCCUAGAGGCGAUUUGAUUGCUACAUAUCUGGAGUCUCUGAACUCUUAAUAGGCUACAGCCUUACAUAACAUAAUAUCACCCAUUUUUUGCUGAUGAAAACAUUACAAGUUUUCAUUAUUGGGUAUGUGUUGAUGUACCCGGAUGGUACUUGGGUCAAUUAGGUUUUAGCUUCUGGUUUUAGAGCAUGUGUAUUCAUCUCAGCGUGAAUACCUCAGCUAGUUUUAUGAAUAGGAGGCUAUAUACACACAGAGAAUAGAUUAGAGCACUCAUACAAGAUGACCACAUAUAGAAGCAGAAACCCCGAAAUGCCCUGGGAACUGGUUUUUCUCUCUAGUAGCUGGAUAUAAGGAAAUAUGUCUAACACACAGCAGUUAACACUUUUUAAAACUGCUCUUAAAAAAAAUAUUCCCCUUGGUUAACUGAUUUUUCAAUCCAGGGUGGACAUUUUUUCAACCUUUAUUAAAAGGGUAAAUAAACUAUUUUGUAGAUCAGAUUCAUACCUAACUGGAAGAGAAAUGUCAAGUAAAUGUCUCUCCUCUUUCUCUGGGUCAAGACCAUGUAAUUUUGCGCUUCAGAGAUGAGGAUGUAGUUUGUUUACAAAGAGUUUAGUCUUUAAGACAUCCAAAACUCUAUGCUAGAGCAAAGAUCAAAUAGCAAAGGACACUAGCCAGAAAAUAGUGUAUGUGUAUGUGCACCUGUGUGCCUGCUGAACAGCUUGGCAGUGUAACAGGCAAGGGAGCAGAAGAUGGUAGAUGUUUGAAUUGUCUUAGCUUAAUGUCUACAUAUCUUUUGUCAAAACUAUUGUCAUAUUAGAAAUGUUAUCUUUUCCAUGUUUAUUAGUAAUUUAUUUUUGAUUCUUUGUUUUCUUUUUCGUCCAACUAAAACAGCCAUUAAUGUACUUGAUACGUUUGUAUCAAAUUCUAAAGUGUUUAGACAAAACCCAAAUACUUGGUUUUGUUUUAGUUUUUUCCUCCUUUCCAUCCAGUUAACCACGAUGAAACGCUGCAGUAUCUUAAUUUGGUCAGUGCUACGGACGAAGAUCAUGAAAGCUGAAUGGAUCUGUGCCACCCAGAAUAAACCUCUUCUAUUCUGGGAAGAUGGCGUGAUGUUUCUAAAGGAUUCCAAUAAAUAUCUUGCAGUCGUCUCAUGAGCACCUUUCCUCUGUUUCACUUCUGAACUCCUUCCCCCACUUCCUUCACUCCGUUUUCUUCACUGCAGUUUCUUCACUUGCAGUGUUUUCUGCUAAGAAAGACCUAUCAUCUUAUAUCUGUUUAUGCCUCUAUUCUUUGGGGCCUCUGGAUGUUUUUGUGGAUUUUUACAGAGUAUUUAUAUCUGCAGAGCAUGCAUUUUGUUAUACAUUCUUAUAAGCAUUGAUAUUGAGGGGGUACAUUUCUGAGAGUGAGAAUAUCUGGCAGAGUAUGUGAAUGUCAUAUCGGUAGAUGAGGUUGAACUUGAAGGGUUAAGGUAAAAAUGUUUGUUUAUUCUUUUACAGCCCAAAGUGGGGCUGAGAAUCUGUCCCAUCAUUCCCUUCUCUAUAUGAGAAUCUCUACCAUCAUUCCCCUCUCUAUUUGGGAAAUAAUACUUUUUUUAUUUUGCUGUGUUUACCCUUCUAUUAACUGGCUUCACUCAAUUGUGCCAGAUACCUAUAGAGAGAAGAAGUAAAAAACAUUGGGUCAGAAAUAAUUAUAAACCAAUGAGUAAGCUCUGGGCUGGUGGACAUGUUCACUGGUAGACCAGUUGGCAUUGACCUCAGCAGAUAGGGAAAUGCACAUGGAGGAGAACCACGUUGAAAUCAAGAUCCUAUGUUUGUUGUAUUUUGUUUCUCUUUGCCUGGAGUAAAUAGCACUGUAAGUCGUUCCACUCUUAUUAGAUAACCAAAGCAUUCUGGUCUCAAUAGCUUUCUCCUGAAAAAUGUGAUUGAAUCUUACCUGUGGCAGUUUACUCGUAGGGUUGAAAGAACUGUCAAUGUAGGUAAAAUCCAUUCCUUAUUAUUGGUUGGUGUGACAUCUGAAAAUGUGUGUAAACAAUAUUUGUAGGUAAAAGAACUAGUCAUAAGCCUUGAAUGUGUUCAGUAUGUACCAAGCUGGGGUGGGAGACUGGGCCCCCCUGGCUUUGUAGCACACUGUCUUUUUCCAGCAACUUCUUCCUAGUAGACAUUCCAACGAUGGAAGGGGCCAGGGAUCAUGUCAUUCAUUUCUGUAUCGCCAGCGCCUGGGAUAGUGUCUGGCUUAUGUUACGUGAAUAAAUGAAUGCUUGCCAAAUCUCUUCUUCCCUCAAGGUUCUGGGAAACCUGAGGGUUCCUGAUACCUGUUCCCACUCUUCAUCAACUGGCUGGCAAGAAAGCAAAUAAGGGGAAACCUUCCUAACAUUCCAAGCAAAAGAAAGAAGAACUACUCUUAGGAGAAUGCACACCAGCGGUCGCUCGGCGUGCAGCCUGCGACCGCACUUUUGGCUCUCUGGAUUGCCUGGUGGUAGGAGGGAAGAGCAUUGUGUAGUUAGCACCUUACGUAGUUGAUGCUCAGGAAGAAAGUACAAGGAGCUCCCUAUUAGAACAUUAAAGAUUCUUAAAAGUUUUUGAAGUAGGCUGCCCGGGGUGACCAUCCCACCCUUAACAUCUCCAUAACUGGUACAGUUAGCUCCUGCGGUGGUGGAUACUGAUGCCUGGAGAUCACUGUCUGCCAGUCUGUUCUCAGUGUCACACUGAGACACCUCCCCUGAGCCUUACCUACUUACAUUGCUAACCAUCCUACCAAAAUUUGUCAAUUUUAAUCAAGUGAGGCAAGUUGCAAGGGAGCCAGAGAGAGGUGAAAAAAGAAAAGCAGACAUACGAAUACUUUCUGAGAAAGAUGUUGUAAUAAUUCCUUUGGCACACUGACUUACUGAAUCUUGAAAUGUAUAGAAAACUCUUGUGAACCAAAGAGAGCAGUAGUGGUUUUUCCCCAGCGCAAUAAAAAUGCCUUUGUGUAUCACUUGUGAUUGCCAGUCAUUUCUCUGCCAGUUGCUUUCAUUCCAGAGAAUGGCCUCAUUCUCUGAAAAGAGAGGAUGAUUUUAGAAGUAGGAUUUCCUGACAAAUUAUGUGGCGGGGAGGGAUGGCGGGGGUUUUAUUCAUCCCGUCUGAGCUCUUCAUUCAGUAUUACCAUUAGGUUUUAAGAACAAAGAUGGGGUAGGAGGGAAUAGAAAGCAGUAGAGUACAUGCAGAACAGCUACAAUACAUUAGUGGGUAUUCAGAUUUUGAGCUGUGUAAAUAUCAAACAUCGGCUUCCAGCCUUAAGAGUUGUUUGAGCAGAGAGUUAAGGAGGAAAGGGAGAUUUUGUGAAUAAAAUGUUUUGCCAAAC